AUACCAGAUAUCACGAUCAGGUCGCUGGCACACACGGCGUGUUUGGAGCUGCAGCCGUCUCCAGGCGCGUGUCCAAUCGAGCGCGAGAAUCAGGACGCACUCCAGCAGGGGCGAGCCGGAGCAGCAGAGCCCUGGGAUUGGCCACCUCGCCAGGAGAUUGCUAGAUUAUGCUCAGCUGGGAGACCUUUGACAACUACCUUGUUCUAGAACCAAGACUUAACGCCAAGCCAAUCGUUACUGGUGCCUGAAGACUACAGUAACGCCAAACCUAUCGUUACUGGUGCCUGAAGACUACAGUAACACCGAGCCUAUCGUUACUGGUGCCUGAAGACUAACUCCAAGCCUAUCGUUGCUGGUGCCUGAAGACUAACUGCAAGCCUAUCGUUACUGGUGCCUGAAGACUACAGUAACUCCAAGCCUAUCGUUACUGGUGCCUGAAGACUAACUCCAAGCCUAUCGUUACUGGUGCCUGAAGACUAACUCCAAGCCUAUCGUUACUGGUGCCUGAAGACUAACUCCAAGCAUAUCGUUACUGGUGCCUGAAGACUAACUCCAAGCCUAUCGUUACUGGUGCCUGAAGACUAACUCCAAGCCUGUGGUUUCUGGUGCCUGAAGACUAACUCCAAGCAGGCUAACUCCAAGACUAACGCUACCAAUGCCGGAAGCCUAGUCGGUCUCCCUAAGGGAAAAAUAUGAUUUGGAUUUGGGCACUGACCUCCCUACCCUACUGAGAGGAGUUUCCUUUGCAGUCUUGCCGUUGAUCUUUAAUGCGCGAUGAGGAGAUUGAGAUAUGAGUGGCCGUGGUGACCCCUCGCUGCGGUGUCCGUUGAGGGGUGCUGCUGGCACGGCUGCGUGAGAUGGCCCGGGCCCUGUGCUGCUGUGGAGCCAGGGCUGCCGAGAGAGAGAGCACGUUCCUGGGCAGUGCGACCUUCUCUGUGGCCGAUCUACUCAAAUCCAGGGACCAGCAGAUUUCCCUCAACCUGAGGUCGUCCGAUGACUUGGCAGCCGUUGGCACUGUAGUGGUCAGCCGGAUGAAGAUGGGGGAGAUUGAGGACGGAGAAGCGGACCACAUCACGGCCGAUAUCCAGGGCCAGAAGUGUGCACUGGUGUGUGAGUCUCUGCACGGAACAACAAAUGACAAAGAUUACGGUCCCCGGAUGAGUGCUUUGUUCAAGAACCCGGUGUGUAAGGUGUACCGGUUCCAGACGGUGGACAGUAAGUGGAUGCUGGUGCGCGAGCAGAUGGCUGAGAGCACGUUGUCCUUCACCGUCCCAAAGCAGCUCAUUACUCUCCACAUCCAGGAGGACUCCAGGAGGAUACAAGAACUGAAGGACCUUGGAGAGCUGUCACCGCACUGGGACAACCUGCGUCGUGAGGUCAUCACGCGCUACGACCAAGUCAUCAGAAGCUACCAGGAGAAUCUGGAAGAGCUGGACAAGCUAACAGGACCCUCGUUUAAACCCAGCUGCAGCAAAGCGCAGAAGUAUCUGGAGUUCAUUCCAAUCAACCUGCACACACAGAGGAUGAGGGUCACCUGUCCCAGGAAAACAGAUGCCUUCUAUGACAUCAUCACAGUGGGCGCCCCUGCCGCACACUUCCAGGGCUUCAAGAGCGGCGGCCUGCAGCGGCUACUGGGCCGUUACGAGAACGAGAAGAAGAGCUACAGCACGGCGUACCAGUGCAUCUACUACUCUCCGGAGCAGACGGCGCGGGCGCGGGACGUGCUGGGCACCCUGAGCGAGCUGCGGCCGCUCAUCGGCAGCCUGGCGGACCGCCUGCUGCAGGCCGCCCAGCAGCGCUGCGCUCACGCCCUGAGGGACACGCUCAAGAGCCUCGCCGAGAAGACGGAGCAGUUUGUGCACGCGCUGAAGGACGAGCUGGUGAAGAGCGCCCUGCUGGCCCUGCACGCCGCCCGGCCCGGCUACGUGUCCAAGACCCAGACGCAGGCGCAGACGCCGCCGCUGCAGACCCACGCGCCCCAGACGCCCAGCCACCCCGCGCAGACGGCCCUGGAGCCGGACGCCGUCGUCUGCAACAACGUGGCGGGCGCGCAGACGCCCACCAAAGAGGAGGCGCCGCCACCCGCCGUAGCGCUGGAGCGCCAGGACUCCAUACCGCACCACAAGGAGUACGACGAGGAGGAAUGGGACAGGGUAUGGGCAAACGUGGCCAAGAGUCUCAACUGUGUGAUCGCCCUGGUGGACAAGCUGCAGGAGCAGGACAACAACAACCAGGAGUCAGCACCAGACCAGGCGCUCGCCGACGUCAUCACCUCCCACAACCCCACAGGUGAGUGGCGAGAGCAGUUGUCCCCGCUGGUGGCCUCGCUGAAGGAGUGUGUGUCGGAGGUGGGCGGUCGGGCGCAGAAGUCCAUGACCUUCGUGCUCCUGCAGGAGGCAGUGUGCAGCAUCCCGCAGGGCCUCUUCCUCCAACAGAGGCGCGACGUCGUUUUCAGUCAGGCGUUGUCAGCGUUGGCGUGUGGCUUUGUGAUGCGGCUGUAUGCAGGGCUGGAGGACAAGGGCUUCCUGCAGCAGCUGCACCUGGUGGGCCUGGUGGCUCAGUUCGAGAGCCUGCUCAGCACUUACAGUGAGGAGAUCGGUAUGCUGGAGGACAUGGAAACGGGCAUCUCUGACCUGCAGAGAGUCACAUUCAGAAUCACAGAAGCCAAGUCAGACGACCCGGCAGACUUACAGCCUGUUGUUAGUGGCAGACGAGACCACUAUACGGUGGAGGUGCCGUUGCCACAGCAGUCAUUCCAGAUGAUCCCACCUGAGCUGCGGGAGGGGAAGCCGCUGCAGGUGUACCCAGUGCUCUUCAACGUGGGCAUCAAUGAGCAGCAGACCAUCGCAGAGAGGUUUGGUGACAUAUCUUUACAAGAGAGGAUAAACCAGAGAAACUUUGACAUUUUAGAUGGUUACUUCAAGACACUGAGUGACAAAGUGCCAUCAGAAUGUCUGCCCUGCUUUCAGACACAGAUGGAUGUGAAGGACUUACUUGAAACCCUCGGCCAGAACGUUGUCACAAAGAAGAGGAAGAAUGUGGAGAUUCUCUGGCUUGCUGGAACGAUCUGCCGACGCCUGAACGGCAUUCGUUUCACCAGCUGCAAAAGUGCCAAAGACCGGACAUCCAUGUCUGUCACGCUGGAGCAGUGUGCCCUGCUAAGGGACGAACACCAGCUCAAUAAGGACUACUUCAUCCGGGCCCUGGACUGCAUGCGAAGCAGUCGGCUGACCCAGGGAGAAGCAGCUCAGUGGGAUGACCCAGAGGCCGGCUCAGUAGCCAAUCACAAGCCGGCCUCUCGCCACUUCUACCCAAUCGCCCUCCUGCUCGUCAGCUCUCACCUGCUGGUGGUGUGGCUGAUUUUAAGUCUUGUUUUUCUGCUUGCAAAAUAUCAAUAAACUGCUGAUAAUGCCAUCACGACUGACUCCUUUUCUCAUUUCUCGCUGGACCAAAAGCAGAUCUGUCGCUUCCCCCUGACAACUCUCAUAGCAGUAGUCUCCACUAGGGUUUGGUGCAGGACUCCAGUCUCCCGCUGUCACCAAGCUUUUCCUCCUAAGCAGCCACAGGGCAAAGUCCCCUCUUUGAUAGCUUGUGGUUGACCAGCAAGCUCAUAUCACCAAUUCCCACUGUGCUCAGAGUAAUGAGAUGCUUUAUCAGUGUUUUAUGCUGUGUACAUAUACCUAUUUGGUGCUGCUGUCAUAUACACACACACACACGUCACACACCUGUCAACUGACCUCUUACACAAGUGACAAAGUUGAGCUGCAGUUACAGUACAGGUUUGGGAUUGUGUCACUGGGUCAGGAAACUGGCAUGGAGGUUUUACGUUUUACAUCAUUACAUGACAAAAAAAAUUCUAUUCCUUAUUUUUUAUUAUUUUGUUUCUCAUUUGUGUU